AUGUCAACAUCACCUCGCAUAGUUGCGGUGUUUGGAGCUACCGGAACUCAAGGCAUGCUGAUGACGUUCGCCCUACUAGCAGACGGUACAUUCGUACCGCGUGCAAUCACCCGAAACUGCAGUUCAGAGAAAGCAUUGAAACUAAAGAGCCUUGGUGCCGAGGUUGCACAAGCCGAUUUAUGGGACAUCGACUCAUUGAAGCAAGCCCUGUCCGGUGUUGAGGCCGUCUAUGGAGUCACCGACUAUUAUGAUCCCAAGAACGUCGCUCAAGGUCACAACAGCGAAAUGCUACUUGGCAAGAAUCUCAUUGACGCUGCUAAAGCGACGGAUGUCAAGUACUUCAUUUGGAGUUCUCUUCCGCACUGUACAAGGGUAUCUAACGGGAAGUAUGCAAAUGUUUACCACUUCGACAACAAAGCCAACGUGGAUGACUAUCUACGAGAAUCCGGCGUACCCCAUUCUAUCUUAUACACCGGCUGGUUCUCGGAGAAUCUCUGGAAGUACAAUAUUCUUGCGCCCGUGCCGGAUUCCGAUCGCCUGGAAGUAACCGUGGCCAGAUAUGACGCUCAAUCUCCUCAGUAUUUUACGUGGGUCGAGCGGGACCUUGGCCAGUGCGCAUUAGCGCUUCUCAAGCACUACAAAGAUCCUGAAUCAGAGGUUCUCUCCCGCACGUUCUAUGCCGUCAGUGCAAAGUUGAACUACACUCAAUUUGCAUCGAUCCUUCAGCAGGCGCUGGGGAAACCGGUGUCUUUUGUAUCAUCACAGACCACGGGAAUGCAGGAAAUGGACGACAUGUAUGCUUUUCAGUCCGAAUUUGGACUAUACCCGGAUACCGCUAUCCCUGAUCCACAAUUAAUCAAUUUAGGAGUAAAGUUCCAUACUAUGGAGGGAUUUAUUCAGGAAAUUAAAGGCAGAUAUGCUUGA